GGAUGCCCUUUGCCCUCUCAAGGGCAUACACGUAUAUACGCGGUCCCAUCAGGCGCAUCAGCAAAUCUGCGAGUAAAGUAUAUGUGCGGAAAUACUCCGUACGUCGGGGGUCACAGGGCCAAUCUCAGGCGAGUGCUCCCUGUGAUAUUCUGCUUGUUCCCGGUGUGCGCACUGCAGCCGCGCACGCUCAGAGUGCGUCAGACGAGGCAGGGCCGUCAACAUUCCCCGUUGUGGCCGACACUUUCUCCGAGGCUCGUGCGUGCGCGUGCACGCAAAGGGGAAACCUAACUCGCCGACGCCGCCAAAAACAGACCCAUCGAGCACAGACGCGUCCAAUUACGGACCACUUCGCGAGGCGUGAGCCGGCGCGAGUGCCAAUCGGCGACAUGGACGAAGAAAUCCCAAGACUGAGCGUGUUCAGCAGCGGAUCGUCGAACGGGAGGGGCUUGUCGGGCAACGCCGACUAACUGUGCGACGCGUUCAGCGCAGAGGGACGCGAAGGGGCGCAGGGACGGGCGAUCGGGGCGCCGAUACGGUUUGCGACGAUGAAAUGCCGAAACCUUGUCGGGCGUGAGCGUGCAGCUACCCAACGCGUCCGCAUGCAC